UUGGUGAAAAGAUUGGGUUACAUUCAGUGAAAUGGACCAGACGAAUGGCAGCACUGCUGAGGGACUUGAACUUCAACCUCCUCCCUAUAGUCCUUCAAACUAUGAACAAAAUUCCUACACAGAGAUGGCAUACCAGGUUGGCAAGGGGAACAUUGCAGUCGUCUCUCCUCCUGGUUCCUACAACAACAUGGUCCAUCCUGAGGACCCACCAGCAUUUGGAGGCGACCAGUACUGCAGUGAAGCUCCACCUAUGUAUACCAACGAAUCUGAGGAGACCGGCUUCAGUGUCGCUUCAAUACGAAGAGGUUUUGUACGGAAAGUCUACCUGACCUUGGUGGUUCAGCUGCUGUUUACUGUUGGGAUAAUCUGCGCCUUUCUUUACUGGGACACACUGAGGACUUGGGUCCGUGAAAACUACUGGUUCUCCUACACUAUGAUGUCAGUGGUGCUGGUACUCAUUGUGGUUUUGUCCUGCUGUGAUAACAUUCGUCGCCAAGUGCCCCUCAAUUUUAUAGCUCUAGGCUUGUUUACUGUUGCAGAGGGCCUGAUGCUUGGAUCUGUGGCAACGUACUUUGAUGCCGAAGCAGUUCUGUGGGCUAUGGGUGCAACAGCUCUUGUUUCAUUUGGCAUGAGCCUGUUUGCUAUGCAGUCAAAGUGGGACUUUACCUCUAAAGCUGGGUGCCUGUGGAUGUUGGCCUGGUCCUUAUUUUCCUUCUUACUGAUGUGUGCAGUCAUACGAUCACAGUUUCUCUACAUCUUCUACGCCUACCUGGGAACUUUGCUGUUUUCUUUAUACUUGGUGUUUGAUACUCAGCUAAUUCUCGGGGGGAAACACAGGAAGUAUGAAAUCUCUCCUGAGGAGUACGUGUUUGCUGCUCUCAACCUCUAUUUGGACAUCGUUACCUUGUUUCUCCUCCUGCUGCAAAUUAUUAACUUCUGCCGUUGAACCUGAUUAUCUACCAGCCUCUUUAAAGGAUAGUGUUUUACACAUUAUGUCAUUUUACAUAUCUUGUAUUAUUCAUAUCACAUGAAGAAAAGUAUCGAUUCUCCAGACAUGUCAGAUUUAAAUACAAACACCUGCAUUGUAUGUAAAAUGAAGCUUUCAUAACACGAACUUAAUAUAACUGGGAAAGAUUGCUUUAAAUCACUAUUAAAAUCAGUCAGCUUUUAAUAUUUGUUGAUAUCAUAUGUACAGCUUGUGUAUUAAUUGAUCUGUGUCAAAUCUUAAAAAUACAUUUUCUAAAAUGCCCUUUA